AUGGAGAGUCUCAUUGAGUUGCUGCCAAAGCUGACCUCGACACUGCGUAAGGGCAGUUGCGGGAAGAUCGCCGUCAUUGGAGGCUCUUUCGAAUACACCGGUGCUCCCUAUUUUGCCGCUAUCACGGCCCUGAAGCUGGCAACCAUCAAGUCUUAUUCGCCAUCACUGAUUGUAUACCCGGGGUGGAAAGCCGAAGAUGUGUUGUCGAAAAUUGAGCGUGCGGAAUGUAUCGUCAUGGGUUCCGGCAUGGGACGAAGCGAAGAAGCGGGAACAUUGGCUAAAGCUGUUUUCUCUUAUAUUGCCGAGCACCAGAUGCCUGCCGUUUAUGAUGGUGACGCCAUUUUCUGGGCAUGCCAAUCGGACUUCAAGUUCCCAAAGUCGAAAUACGUCGUUUUUACGCCAAAUCGCGCGGAAUUCGACCGGAUGACGAAGAGAUUUCUCGGAUUCGAAACAUUGAACGAAGAGAAUGAGACCGCUCUACACGAUGCCGUGAAGAAGCUGGUGGAACAGAUCGGUGCCUCUAUCCUUCUCAAGGGCCAUGCGGACUAUUAUAUGACUGUGGCAAAAGAAAGUGGUCUUUGUGAUUUUGAGUCCGGGCUGCGGCGAUGUGGUGGUCAAGGCGAUAUGUUGGCCGGCGCACUUGGAGUCACCUUGAAUUGGGCAAUGAAAUCAUCCAAAUCCGAGAAAUCAAUUGCGGCGGCGUGUAGAGCAAGCAGCUAUGUCGUUCGGACGAUCUCGAAACGGGCUUACGAAAAGAUCGGCCGCUCUGCUGACACUCCUGACAUGAUACAAGAACUUCCGGGCCUGCUACGGGACGUUGAGAAGCAA